CGCAUUAAAUCGCCCUCCCCCCUCCCAAUCUCCCAUGGCCUUCCUCCUCCCUAUCCCCUUCUUCCUCUCGCCCACCUGCCCGUCAAGGGAUUUCUCCCUCCCUUAACCCCCGCUCCCCUCCUGCUGCUUCCCGCUAUAUAUACGCGAUCCCGCGCGCUCCCUCACCCCCGAACCAUCCCACGGCCGGCGUUGUUGUAGGAUGCUCGCCUCGCUCCUUGGAUUCCGCGAGGGUACUGCCGGCCGGCCUUGAUGGAUCAUUGGGAGCCUUCUUCUUCUUCUUCUUCUAGCGCGACAGCCGCUUCUUCUUCCAAUCCCCGCUGCCGCUUCGAUGCCGUGUGGAGGGCGUGCGGGCGGUGCGGCGCCGUGGCCGUGGAGGCGGCCGGGUGGGCGCUCGGCGCGCUGCUCACCUGCGUCUUUGCUCUAGUCGGUUCACUGGUUGGGAUCUUCAUCGGGGCCUGCAUGGGCAUGUCCACCGAAAGCGGCAUGUUCCGAGGAGCUGGUGUUGGUGCAGUCUCUGGCGCAGUCUUCUCUAUUGAGGCUGUUGAAUCCUGCAUCGAAAUUUGGAGAUCCAGUGAAUCCGGAAAAUAUAGCAUUCUCUUUGUGCUUGACAUCAUCUCUAGCCUCUUCAGUGGACGAAUUGUUUGGGAGAAGGUCAGUCCAGCACUGCAGCGUGCUGUGCAAAGCCAGAUGAGUUUACUGAGUACACCAUUCAUCGAUAACAAUGACCUUUUCGAAACUGGCAAUACCGGGGGUAUGUCAAGAGAUCUGAUCAACAAGAUCCCAACGAUCUGGUUCAGCGAUUCAACCAAUUCUGACCAGGAAACUGACAGAAGCUGCUGUUCAGUUUGCCUCCAGGACUUUGGAUCGCGGCAGUUUGUGAGAGCCUUGCCUCAGUGCCACCACAUUUUCCACGUGCGUUGCAUCGAUAGCUGGCUUCAAAGGAACGCUUCCUGCCCACUAUGCAGGAGUGGUGUUCAUAUAGACCAUAUACAUAUGUAAAUAAACUCGAUGCAGCACCUGGUGUAUUUUCAUAGUCGAAUACCCGUGCUCGCAUUGCAUUCCAUACCGUAACCUAGCGUUUGUAUACAUAGAGGUUUUCUUUCUUCCUUUCUUUUGCCAGUCUUCGUUUCUGCCAUAGCAAAUAACAUGGUAUGUACAUGCUCUAAAUGGAACCGGCUAACAAGGUGUCCGAAAUAUGGCAAAGUUCUUCUCUGCUGUUAGCCUCUGAUACCAACUUUGUAAAGGUAAAUUGCUUGCAACAUCGCAACUAAUGCAAGGACCGAGCCUUACAUUGCACCUGAUAGUUGGUGCUAAUUGUACUCUCUGCUGCAAGCAACUAUUUGCUUCAAAUGAACUGCUGCCGCGUCGUUAUUUUUCA